AUGAAAUCGUUCGACGCCUGCUGUGCGCCGAGGUCGAAAACUCACCCCUACUUGUGUCACCUCGACGGCGGCCAGGUUCGUGUGAUUCUCCCUGAUUGCAAGGGGAAUUACUACGGGGACUACCUGGGAUUCCGUGUGUUCAAGCUCGUCGAUGAGGGGAACGGGCUCGAUAGAGUUAUGAACUUUCAUGGCCAUAAUGUUGACAGGGGUGAGUAUUGGGAACAAGUGUGGAGUCUGGAUGGGCAUGCCCUGUUCAUUGGGGCUCACCAAUCGUUUUCCUUUCCGACUAUCAAGGGCGGUGGUGGUGUUGUGAAUCGGAAUGGCAGUGGGAUUAGAGGCGACCACAUCUACUUCGCGCUGAAUCGUGUUUGUUCGGAUAUGAAAACAUUCGGAGAGGCGAAUUGGGAUGGUGUGUUUGAUGUUGCCAACCACAAGUUCCAGAGGUUUGCUGAUGAACGUUACAGUGAUAACGGGACGCGGCAUCCCAUCUUUUGGUUCAUCCCUGUGCCCUGGGGAUACAGUAAAAGUGUAAGUAAACAUCAGAAGAGAAAGAAGAGGAAAGGGAAAAAGCAAAGGGAAGAAACAGGGGACAGCAUCACGAGUACCUGAAGACAAUUUGUAUAAUCUUGUGUAAAUUCAAAUGAACUCUAAACUUUUGAUUGAAUCAUUUUUUGAGAACAUUUCCUAAGAGAUGCAUGUUGUUGGGAGUUUUCCAAUGGUAUAAGUGCCUCAUCCUUGAUUGAGCU